AUGAUGAAAUAUUCGUUUGAUGCUUUCAAAAAUAAAUAAUAAAUGAAUUUAAAUGGGCCUAUGAAAGAGGAGUAAGGAUUUGCUCCCAAUAAUUCAUAAUCAAAGUAGGUUUUUGGAGAAUUGAAAAUGUAUUAAAUGUGUAUAUAUUAAAGGCCAUUAGAAACUGUCUUUAAAAACAUACCCCAUCUGAUAAUGCCUUUUGUAACUAUAAGAAAGUUUAACAGCAUCGACAAAAAAAUUGAUGACUUCUGUUUAGGUUAUUACAUUUAGCUAUUUGAUCUAAAUAAAAUUAGCAUUUAAUCGUUUGGAUUAGAGGGGAUCUUUGUCAUCCCAAAUUGUAAAUAAAAAUCGCCUUCUCAAUUUAAAACAUUCAAAAUCUUUUACUCCAUGAUAAAUCUCUUUAAAAGUGAAAAUCAUAAGAAUAAGUUAAUAACAAAACUCAUUAGAAAACUUGAAUAAUAGAAUUAGGAUGUAAUAAAGUGUUGGAAUAGUUAAGAGCUAGUUUAUGCAGGCCGCUGGGAAGAUGAAGGCAGUACGAAUGCUUUCAUUGAAGCUAUGAUGGUGCUAUUUCCAGACAGUUAUCUAGUAAAACUCGAACAAAUUUUUCAGAUAUUAUGCGCAAUUUUGAAAUUAAUUCUUGUAAACGAUUCUAAAUUAUCGAUUCCUGUUAAUAACAUAGGCAAUGAGAUUAAAUAGGUAGCAUGUAAAGUGGAUCUAAGUCUAAGUUUUAGCUAAAUGUUGGAAAUAUCCACAAAUGAAGAUGAAGAUGAAAUUAAUCCGUAAGUAGAUUAACAUGAUCAAAAGGGUUUGAAUUCAGAAAAUAAUUCAUCCUAAAAUACAAUCUCAAUUGAAGAUUACUUAUAAGAUAUAUUCAAGGAUUUGCUAGGUGUAAAAUUAGGUGAAAAUGAUAUGAAAGAAAAAAUUCAAAAAUUGCUCACAUAAUAUUCUGGAACAUAAACUGCCUACGGAUUGAAUUCAAAUAGAAUAAUUGGAUUUGCUCAAUUUCUUUACUCUGCACUAAUAAAGUCAUUUUUUAAUGAUUUGGGAUAGGCUUGUUCCAAUUACUCCUCAUCAGAUAAAAUAGGUGAAGCAGCAUUUUUUAGAUUUUCUGAUAUAAUAAAUGGAGAAAAAAAAGCAAACCCAUUUUUAUCCAAUUGUUAUUUUAAUAAUCUCCAAAGAGAUUUUAUGUAAUUAUGGUUUGAAAUCAUAAAAAACCCAAAUAAUAAUCAGUAAUACAAAACAUAAUUGGAAGACUUAGAAAAUAACACUAAAAUUUUAGUAAAAUAAAAUGAUCAAUCAAGCAUUCGAACUUUCUUCAAUAAUGCUAUUAUUUAAAAAAAAGGUAGUAACCUAAUUGUUGAAAUAACUUAUCAAUCUAUUUCCAGGACCUUUCAUGAUUUUGAAGAUUUUUAAGAGGUAAAUAAAUUUGAUAUAGAUGAACAUGAUAAAUAAAUAUUAAGCAAUAGUAAUAAUCAAUAUUUGAUAUCUCAGGAAAAAUAGCCUUAAAAAGAAACUCCUUAAAUAGAAAUUCCUUAAAAAGAAAUUGCUUGUGUGGUAAGUGAAAUUCUCAAGAAUUAUGCUAAUGUCUAAAAGAUAGAAAAUAGAAAAUAUAUUUAUGAAAUUGGUUAAAAGAGGUUAAAUGAUCUUCUAACAAUCUAUAUUAAUGAUAUUAAGGAAUAAUAUUCAUAAGACAGGAGGAUAAUGAGAUUAUAAAAUAAUUGUAACUCUAAAAGUCAUUCAGAAGGCACUUCCCCCGAUGAAGCCCCUAAUCAAGAUAGUCAAAAAUAGCAAUAAUGA